CCCCCCCCCCCCCCCACUAUUUCCUUCUUGAAGAAGAAUGUCUUCGAGCUCAUCGACGUCAAGGAAUCAGCUACAAGUCACUCAUGUUCAGUCGCAAGAAGGGGUAAAGGUUUGUGAUUGUGUCGUUCCAGCUAAAGAACGAAUCUGUUGGAAGAUAACAAACCCUGAGAGACGAUUCUGGAAUUGUCAAAACAGUAUGACUAGGUUGAGGAAAUGUAGCUUCUUUGAAUGGAAAUAUGAAGAACAAGCAGACGGGUACUACAAAAACCUGCUAUAUUCUCUGAAGCAGAAACUGGAUGCCAAAGAGGAACUGUCUGAGAUGAACAAUUUGAGGAGAAGGAUUGCUGAAGUGGAGUUUCUGCUGUCAUAGGAGCAGUAUAAGGUGGCAAAGAGUGAGAAAGAAGUUCAUGAUGCAAGGAAGGCAAUAGGCAGGUACAAGAUGAUAGUUGCCCUGUUGUUUGCUUGCUUGGCCCUAUGUGUUUCGAAGUUAAGGGGUGAUUGUAGUUAGUUAGGUUGGUUAGUGUAAGCUUUUGUUUUUUGAGAUCCCUUAUAUUUUUUGUAAAGGCAGACUAGAAAGUCAGUAAGUAUAGACAUUUUGUAUGUAUUGAAGCUGCUUUUAGUUAUAAGUUGGGGUUAUCAACCUUGAUGUGUUGAUGUUGUAAGGUGGUAAGUCCCUAAUGAAAGGGCAUAUGAUAAGUAAUGUAAAAAAAUAUUCAAAGUCUCAAUUGUAGGGCAUUUUGUAUAAUCAGAUGUUGAUGUUAAUCAAA